AGAAGAUAUAGAUAACGGGUGUAAUAUAACUGCUUCAGACCUGGCGUAUCAUUCUCACAGAUAAAAGAUGGGAGAACAACAGAAGUUCCGGGACUUUCGAAUCAAGGGAAUCGUGUCGGCCCCUUUUACACCGUUCAAGUCUGAUGGAGACGUCAACUAUGACCUUUUCCCUGCGUACGCCAAGUAUCUACAGGACCACCACUUCCAGCAUGCGUUUGUCAACGGUACACUGGCUGAAGGCAUGUCGCAGACCAUAGACGAGAGGAAGGAAACGCUGGAAGCGUGGAUGAAAGCGGCCGAUGGAAAAAUUGGUAUAAUAGCACAUGUAGGAACGAACAACCUCCGAGACGCCAAGGAGUUAGCCCGUCACGCGGAAAAGAUUGGAGUCGAGGCGAUAGCAGCCUUAGCGCCUUCAUUUUACAAACCAAAAUGUGAAGAGGACUUGGUUGACUACAUGGCGGAGCUUGCUGCAGCAGCCCCAAACACCCCGUUCUAUUAUUAUUGUAUCAACUUUGUUACCGGAAUUUACUUAAAUUCGGCGAAGUUUUUAAGCCUUGCUAAGGACAGGAUCCCUACCCUGUGUGGACUGAAGCAUUCAUCCAGGGAAUUGACCAGUGCCCACAGCUGUAAUUUGGUAGACAAGGAUCGUUUCCAGGUCCUUAUGGGAACGGACGUGCAAUAUAUUACGGCCUUGAGUGUUAAGAUUGAAGUCCCGGUGACAGCGUCAUAUCUAGGGGAUAUAUACUUCAGACUGAAGUCAGCUUAUGACAAAGGAGAUAAAAAUACCGCUGAUGAGAUUCAGGAAACAGCACAGUUGAUUAACGACAUCAGAGGACGCUACGGUGGAGAUAUACCAGUUGCAAAGAAAAUGUUUUCCAUAGUGUCUGGUAUUGAUGUUGGGCCAGUGCGCAUGCCAAUGAAGGAUAUAAGUAAAGAAAAAGAGGAAGGUUUGAGGAAGGAGUUGCUGGCAACAGGAUGUUGGUGAAACACAUCAGGUGUAUACCAGAAGAGAGAGUUACUCAAGUCAUGAAGAAACUGUUAAGAAAUCAAAUAAAAAAAAUCUUUACAGAUUUGAAAUAGCAAUUUUGAAAAAAAAGUAUUCGAUACACACAUUAUUUGUUCGUUUCUUUGAAAUUCAAUGGUUUUUCAUAAUGUUACAACAUACUGCUUACUGGAGAGAUUUCGCUGCAGUUGUAUUUUCCUUUUUGAAACCUCCGACUUCAAGAUGAGAACGAAGUUUAGAAUACAGUAUGCUAUGCGUAAUACAUUCAAUGUGAAUGAUACAAUUUACACAGGGCGAAUACGAAUGUUACCGAUGAAGGGCGAAUAUUUAACCUGGAUGUUUUUUCUAUAGUACAGUAUUUUAUUUUUAAAUAUCCGACAUAUCUAUAAUCCUGCUUAUCAUGAAUUAUCAUUGACAGGAUAUCAAUGCAAGCGUCAGACUAGCGUUAUAAUGGGAAAAGCAACUUCAUCAAAAUCUUCAUCAAUCUGCAUUUUUGUAAACCACGUGUUGUAAAUUUAUUCGUCUGCAGGCGACAUCUGUCACGGGAGUCAUAAUAUUCGUAGCAAGCUCUUGUGUACCGAAUCAACUCGGAUAUGGAAAUACCGUUAGUUGGGAAGCAGAUAUGUUACUAUCAAGAAAGGGAAAGUUCACGAUAGGAAAGUCGAAAUCGUCCCAUAUAUCGUACAGCUUUGUAGGAAAGCCGUUGGGUUAUGUUGUAAGUUAAUAUCGUGGAAAUAGGCUGCCGUAGAAGAGUGUAUAGUGUUCUUGAUUUCAAGCUCAGGAGGGUAUAUACCUUCGAUGUGGUUAAUAAAUUUCUUGUUAUUUAAAGACUGCACAUCGUCGAUAUCUCUUAAUGUGAGAUUGAAUGACUUAUCAGAAAGAGUGGUGACAUCAAUAAAGGCAGUUUUGUGCUAAUCCAUGAAACUCUAACACAAAUUUCAAUU